UAAAUUCUAUACCGUAACCUAUAAAAAGCUGAGAGAGAAAAUACGGGUGAUCGCGCGAUUCCUAUUGAGACUCAUUGAACGUAGACAAAAUUCGCAAGUUUUAAAAUGGACGACGAGAGUGAUCAGGAAAGCACGAUCGAGGACGACUAUUACACCUUCCUAAACAUCCCGAGAAACGCUAGUCCUGAAGAUAUUAGCAAUGCGUAUCGUAGACAAAGUAAGCUCUACCAUCCUGAUAAGCAUACAGAUCCGAUACUUAAAAAAGAAGCAGAGAUUCUUUUUAAUCGUACAAAGAAAGCGUAUGAAGUUUUGAGCGAUCCACAUCAAAGAGCGAUAUAUGAUUCACUGGGAAUCCGUGGAUUAGAAACAGAAGGAUGGGAAAUUGUACAACGUACAAAAACUCCUCAAGAGAUUCGUGAGGAAUACGAGAGACUGGCAAGGGAGAGAGAAGAGAGACGUUUACAGCAGCAUACAAAUCCCAAAGGCACUGUAACAGUAAACAUCAAUGCCACUGAUAUUUUUAGUAAAUACGAUGAAGAUUAUAACAAUGGUAGUGGCUUGUUUUCUUGCAUCGAAGUCAGUGGGAUGUCAUUUGCACAAUCUAUCGAAACACCUCUCACUCUGAGGGACACUGUGACUAUGUCUGGUCAACUAGGAACCCAAAAUGGUACGGGUUCUGGCUCCUUUAAUGUAUCUGCAAAACGAUUGAUAUCUUCAAAGGGUUGGAUUGAAGUCGAAAUGGGAGCUGGCAAUGGUCCAACAUUUUCUCUCAAAGGAUUUCGCACGUUGACGAAACGAUUGUUUUGUGAUGGGGCGACAAUGUUGCAAUUUACGUCACACGGCGUGAAGGCUGGUUAUGUUGGAACUCUUGCAAUGCAGUUGGAUAAACAUACAGUUGGAUAUCUUACAUACCGAGCUGGCAUUCAAGGUGCCAUGAGCACCAUGAUUGUAAGAGACACGUCUCGUUCGUAUACAUCGUUUUCUAUACAUUUCGGGCUUAUACAUUCUUUCGUUAGCCUUAACUACACUUAUAAAAUGGAAGAGAAGCAACUCAAACUUCGUGGUAGUGUCAAGGCCGGUACAUUUGGCGCGUUUCUCGAAUACGGCGCAGAGAAGAAAGUCUCUAAGCACAGCUCGGUCUCAGCGGCUGUACGCGUUGGCGUGCCGACCGGUGUCACGUUAAAAAUUAGGCUAAGUCGCGCCUCGCAAUCGUACACGUUCCCUAUUCAUCUAUGCGACGAGGUUUUACCAGCUCCCAUCUUUUACGCCACUGUGGUACCCAUAAUCACUUGGACAGUUAUUAAAAAGCUCAUAAUUGAUCCCGUCGUAAAGGAGCGCAAAGAACGUGAAAAGGAAAAACAGAGGGAGCUAAAUAAGUCUAGAAUGAUGGAGAAACAAAGGGAGGCCAAAGCUGCCACUGAACUAAUGAAAGAAACCGUCAGCAGGAUAAGAGCUGAAGAGGAGUCAAAGAAAGGAUUAAUUAUUACCAAAGCCUUAUAUGGUCGAUUUGUUUAUCCUCAACAAGAUCGAGCUGCCUCAGAGGAGAGCGGACAUAGGGAUGAAAUGAUAGAUGUAACCAUUCCUUUGCAAUGCUUGGUCAAGGAUUCCAAAUUGAUUCUUCACAAGGCAUCUAAGAGCCAACUACCUGGAUUUUACGAUCCAUGUGUGGGAGAAGAUAAGCAGCUCUUGGUACAAUAUCUGUUCCAUACUCAAACGCAUGAAUGUAUUAUACGUGAUGAUGCACCCCUCAGGAUACCAAUCUCGUCACAUAAAGUAAAUACCACUUGACAAAUGCGUUCAACAUCAAAACCAAAACGCAGUCAUCGUCCUCGUCAAUGAUCGGCAUUACUUCAGAGUGUAGAGUUUUUAUUCAUUCUUUAAUUUUAUAUAAAGGGCAAAAAA